AUGGUUUCUCCAGCAUAUGCCGAGCCUGUAGAAAUCAGACGUGGAAAAAAAAUCAACUCACCGAACCGUAAUGGGGCACAAGAUAUUGGACUUAGUCCAAGUUCAUUUAACCGUCAAAAUAAUAUAAAUCGUUUGGCAGCUUCUCCCCCAUUAGCUCAGUCAUACUCGCAGCUCUCAAAGUCUCAACCUUAUUCUGGACAGAAUGCACUAGACAGUCAUCUUAGCAGUUCUGGAAAAUUUCCUGUUACGGAUUCUUUUGGAUCCUUUAACCAGACACCGGAAUCUUUUGCUAUUGAUAUUCCCAAACAAAAGCAAGCCGAAAUUGUCAAAAAGCAUCUCGUCACCGAGGAUGAUCUUGCUGGUAAUUCUGAACAUUAUGGAAGUUCGGGGAACAAUCAUGCACUUUAUUCUACCUCACAUAAAUUACCUGGAGGUGAUGCAACUCAUGAGGUUUAUAAAUGGCAUGCAGAAAUAGAAAAUGCCCCCAUGAAGCGUACCCGUUCACAUUCCUUACAUUUGCCACGACCUACUGAUCCAGAUACUUCCAAUAUCAGGGAGCCGGGAGGCUUCCGUCGCCACCAUGUUAUAAUGAAAGCAAGACAAGCUGGCAAAGAGCCACCGAAUAUAAUCACUCGAAAUUUCAUUGAUUUCUUAACAAUGUAUGGUCAUUUCGCUGGUGAAGAUUUAGAAAGAGCUACUGAAGGAGGCACUGCAACUCCUUCCAAAGCCGUGUUUUUGCUUUUAAAAUCCUUUGUUGGAACUGGUGUUAUGUUCUUGCCAAAAGCGUUUAAUAUCUUUAGUCUCUUUCCUGCUACUGGUAUUGGUGGGGUUUUAUAUGGUAAUUGGAUGAGGUUGGCAGUGUUAUUUUCCAUCACUAUUUCUCAGAUUGGAUUCGUAUGUGCUUAUAUGAUUUUCGUCGCUAAAAAUCUCAAGUCAGUCGCGGAACAAGUUAUGGGUAUCCGAACAGAUUUAUAUAUGUAUAUUAUUGGACAAUUAUUUGUUUUUGUGCCACUCGCGAUGAUUCGACGUAUAUCAAGACUUUCUUUUACUGCAUUAAUUGCAGAUGCUUUUAUUAUGUUUGGUCUUUUAUAUUUAUAUUAUUUUGAUAUAAGUAAAUUGGUAAAAGAUGGAGUAAGUGAUAUUAAACCAUUUAAUCCUGAAGAUUUUGCGUUAUUUAUUGGCACCGCUGUUUUCACUUUUGAGGGAAUUGGACUGAUUAUUCCCAUUACUGAAUCUAUGAAAGAGCCCGAGAGAUUCCCUGGUGUAUUAACAGGCGUGAUGGUUUUCAUUACUGUUCUUUUCACGUCAAUGGGAGCUUUGUCAUAUGCUACAUUUGGCAGUGCUAUUGAGACGGUAGUGAUUAUCAAUUUACCAUCUGAUGAUCCAAUUGUUCAGACAGUUCAGUUCCUAUAUGCUUUAGCCAUUUUAUUAUCAAUUCCGCUUCAAUUAUUUCCAGCAAUUAGAAUUAUGGAACAAGGAUUAUUUGAAAAAAGUGGCAAACAUGACCCUUAUGUUAAAUGGCAAAAGAACAUUUUCCGUUUCCUAACAGUUGUUGCUUGUGCUUUAAUUUCUUGGGGCGGCGCUAGUGAUUUAGAUAAAUUUGUUUCAUUAAUAGGAUCAUUCGCAUGUGUACCAUUAUGUUUCUUAUAUCCACCUCUUUUCCAUUAUAAAGCGGCUGCUCGUUCUUUUGGUGCCAAAUCAUUAGACGUUUUUAUAUUUAUGUUUGGUGUUUUUUCGUUAUUUUAUACCACUUACAUAACUAUUCGCAAGUGGGGUGAAAAUGAAUAG